GUAGGGUCGAGGCGCCUGCGCAGUCGCUCGUCCUUAGGCGGCAGCCAUGGCGGGACAAGAGGAUCCGGUGCAGCGGGAGAUUCACCAGGACUGGGCGAACCGGGAGUACAUUGAGGUCAUCACCAGCAGCAUCAAGAAAAUCGCGGACUUUCUCAACUCGUUCGAUAUGUCUUGUCGUUCAAGACUUGCAACACUAAACGAGAAAUUGACAGCCCUUGAACGGAGAAUAGAGUACAUUGAAGCACGGGUGACAAAAGGUGAGACCCUCACCUAGAACUGUGCCAUGCUGCUGCUGGGAAGUUGCUUUACAGAACACAGGCCUACGUGGGAAAGGCUCCAGCAGCCGUCAGCUCCUCCUUCUCUCCUUAAAGAGCAACAGGGCUUAUUCUUGUUUUUCUUUCCUUCAAAAAUGUGGCCUUUGGGCUCUGCCGUGUACAUCUGAGAGUGUGAUGUGGCAUGUGGGGAGAGGUCCGGGGGUUGCUCUUGGAAACAACAUUAGGCAUUUUACCUUUUCAGUAACAUUUUGUAGAACUACUUGUCAAUGUAUUUGAGGCAUUCAAAGCCAAAAGCCCGGGAGUCCUUGUUAAGGUCCUCCCCACCGCUCUCUCUCUCUCUCUCUCAGACUUUCCUUACAGCUCUCAUUGCCUCUGCAUUGAUUCUAUAAACAGUCUUUGUCUCCUCCCCACCUUUGAUGGGGGGUGGGAGGCAGUCCUGGCUGAGACACUCACCUCCUGGCAAGGUGGCUGCCAGAGAAUGUUGUUGCUAACCCAACAGUUUCUUGUCCUUUUGGGGAGGUCGAGGCCAGAUCCCCACUUGGCUUAAAGGGACAUUUUCAGAGUUUUCUUUCUGUCACUUGGGAUGUCUUUGCCUCUCAUAUUUCCCUAACAAACUCCUCAACUUUGACUGCUGUGAUUAUGGUGGGGAGAGGAGCUAAAGAUGGGACUCAUCUAUUCCACAGAAAUCUGAUGUGUGGGAUUAUUAUUAUAACAUAAAACUUUCAGAUGUAGCUGUUGGAUCAAAGCCCAGGUGGCUUACCAGUUGGAGCCCCCAUAUUUGGACUUUGAGCUGACUAAUUCAUCCUGGGAAUCCCUUGGUCAUUCAGCAGACAUUUACCAAGUACUUACUGUGUAGGCUCAUUAAGCUCCAAUAAAAGAUACCAUGUUGAGUCA